AUGGCAGAGGUUGUCCCUGACGAUAUCCUUGAGAAGAUAUUCUUAAGAUUGGAAGUGAAGGAUAUUAUACAGUGCAAGAGCGUUUGUAAGUCAUGGUUUUCUGUCAUCUCUAGUUCUGGUUUUAUCAACUCCCAUCUGAAACAUAAUUAUAAUAAUACCACUCAACGUACGAGGAUCAGUAUAGGGGAUGAUGGGUAUAAUAAUCUGGUUGGUUCUUCCAAUGGCCUUGUAUGCAUAUUUAAUUCCGGCCCUAAACUUUGUGUACUCAAUCCCUGUACAAGAGAGCGGAAAAUCGUGAGACACCCCUACCUUAGCAGUCAUCAUCGUGAUCCGAAACCAGAUCUUUAUGGCUUUGGUUAUGAUUCAUCCUCAGGUGAUUACAAAGUUAUUAUUGGCAAAGUUAGGAAGAAAUUUGGUUUGUUAUCUUUGAAAUCAAAUGAUCAGAGAAUUGUUGAUUACGGAGGAAAACUGGAAUGUGCAUUUGAUCGAGGGUGUGCUGGUAUCUUAUGCAAUGGGGCACUUCACUGGCUGAUGCGUGAUCAAAAUUACAAUACAGUAAUACUUUCUUUUCAUUUAUCCACCGAGGAAUUUGAAGAAAUUCCCACACCAACUGAUAACGCAUGUAAGGUUACUUAUCGUACCGAGCUGGGGAUUAUUGAAGAAUGUUUAUGCCUAUUUCAUGAAUCCAAGUGUUAUCCCGUAUGGGUAUUGAAAAACUACAAUGAUAAACAGUCUUGGGAAGAGACAGAUGAGAAAAUUAUACAAGACGUGAAAGUAUUAGAGAUAAAAUCUUAUCGUCGAGCCACGACCUUCUUACGUUAUAAUAUCCAUUUGUCCGAAAAUCCAGAAUAUAUUAGUGCCCCGGAAUUUGUGCAGAGCCUUGUAUCUCCCCAUUGUCAUUUUAACAAGAUACAAAAGAGAAAGUGGAGGACGACUUUUAUGCAUGGUGGGUACUAA